GGUUGAUGCAUUUCAAGCACCCAACAAGCAUUCUCUUGCAAGACAUAGGAGAAAAAUGUCUUCCCCUCUCUUAGUAGCUACAACCCUGCUCUUGGCCCUCCUGUCCGUUGGAUCCAACGGCCAGCUGAGUGCCACGUUUUACUCUACUACAUGCCCAAACGUGUCCACCAUUGUUCGUGGUGUCAUCACAAAUGCGCUGCAGUCCGAUCCCCGGAUCGCCGCCAGCCUCGUUAGGCUUCAUUUCCAUGAUUGUUUCGUGAAUGGGUGUGAUGCAUCGAUUUUGCUAGACAACAGCGAUACGAUACAGAGCGAGAAGGAUGCCUUUCCAAAUAGGAACUCGGCCCGAGGAUAUGACGUUGUAGAUAACAUCAAAACGGCUGUGGAGAACGUCUGCCCUGGCACGGUUUCAUGCGCUGACAUUCUUACAAUUGCGGCUACUCAAUCCGUCAAUCUGGCAGGAGGGCCCUCAUGGAAUGUACUGUUAGGAAGGAGGGAUGGCACCACAGCUAACCAAGCAGGGGCCAACAACAACCUUCCAGCACCGUCCGAAGGCCGAACCAGCAUUACAAGAAAGUUCUCCAACCUGGGCCUCGACACCACCGAUCUCGUCGCAUUAUCUGGUGCCCACACUUUCGGACUAGCACGGUGCAUCACUUACAAGGAUCGUUUGCAUGGAUUCAAUGGCACAACGAACCCAGACCCCACACUAGACUCUGCUUACUUGGCCACUCUUCGACGAUCAUGCCAACCAACUGGGACCGACAACGCCUUGACUGAUCUCGACCCCACAUCACCAACCAACGGCUUCGAUAAUGGCUACUUCGUCAACCUUCGAAACGGACGUGGCCUUCUACAAUCUGAUCAAGAGCUGUUUUCAGAUGGGAACCCCACACUCGCGAUCGUCAACCGUUUCAUCAACAACCAAAAUGAUUUCUUCAAUAGCUUCGCUGCAUCGAUGAUAAAAAUGGGGAAUAUCAGCCCAUUAACGGGGACCAAUGGACAGAUCAGAACAGAUUGUAAGAGGGUUAAUGGGAAUUAAAGAAUAAUUAAGAUGGAUGGAUGAUGUUUAGGGUGGCCCUCUUAAGAGUGUGUUUAAGAGUGCGAUUGAAGGUGUUAUUAGAAGUGUAUUUUCGUCAAAAGAGACGAGUAAGUGCUUAGGUUAUAAAACUAAGUGAUAGUAAACAGUGGAAUAAGAGUGUUUUCAUAAUAUGUAUUUGUAGCACUUCAAACUCAUGAAUGAAAAAUAAAUGCAAGGGCUAUUCGAUUGUAAUGUCA